AUGAGGACGUUGAGGACGCGGACGGCAACGAACUCGAGGAGGCCCCAUCGGGCGAAGACAGAGGACCCGACGGUAGUGACGUUUGACGAGCACGCGGGUCUCACCAAGGAUCAGAUCCAGAAGGCGUCCGCGCUGACCGUCAUCGCGCAGAACGGGCUGCGGGUUCCUUUUGGGGAGCUCAUUAAAGAGAGGAAGACGAUCGUCAUCUUCAUCCGGCACUUCUGGUGUGCGUCGUGCCAGGACUAUAUGUACUCGAUCUCACGGAACGUGAACUCUGAGGCAUUGAAACGCGCUGGCGUUGAUUUGGUCAUCAUCGGCAACGGUUCUCCCGGGAUGAUCAAGUCGUACAGAAACAUCUUCCGCACGCCUUUCCCGCUGUACACUGAUCCGACACUGCGUCUGUACGCGGCGUUAGGCAUGACCCUCCGGACGAACAAUCCGGGACCCGACGCAGAGAAGGGCGAGUACGUCCGACACGGCCUCAUAGGUGGCAUCGCUAUGGUUGUGCGCAAUGCGCUCAGGGUCGGCAUGCCCGUAUGGGAGAGGGGUGGCGACUCCACGCAGCUCGGUGGAGAGUUCGUACUGGGUCCAGGUUUUAACUGCACGUAUGCCCACCGAAUGACCACCACGCGUUCUCACGCUCCGAUCCGCGAGGUCCUCAGAGCUGCUGGCUAUAAUCGCGCGGCCACGACACCGGGUGCAGGCCCCGACGGUCUCAGCCUGACCCAAGAUGAAGAGGAGGCGUGGAUGCGUGAUCGCCGCCGCAGCCUCGCACGUAUGCGUGCCAGGCGGGAGAAGCGCCGUGAGCUUGGAACCCCCGCGGAACCUGACGUCUACGGGCCUGAGCUCGGCUACGGCAGUGAUACGGGCAGUGAGAGCGUCAGCGUGAACGGGAGCUGGGCGUCGACCGCGGAGAAGCACCAGCUACAAGUGCAAGUCGCGCAGCAGCGCGAGCGCGAGCGGGAACGUGAGCAGCAGCGAGCUAGGAUGAAGCAGAAGCGCCAACGGAGAAGCUUGCAAGUGGCCAACCCGGACGACCACCUAGAUCAUCGUGAUCAUCGUACCCACCAUACCGGGAGCAGAACCCAUGUCCCUCGCAGCGAAGGGGGCCGCGACGAGUGGUCCGGGGGCAAGAUGAUGCCGGUGGACUACCUCAAUCGUCAUGGGAGAAGAGAAGAUGGAUAUGACACUGAGGAUGCGGUAACUUAUACCCGUUGA